GGAGCUGCUGUCAAAAGUCAACUUACAUAUCCCUAAUUUUUGUCUUGUCUUUCCGUGGUGUUUUACGUGGAUAUUUCUGUCGUUUUCUUUUUUAAGUUUUAUUAGAAAAGUAAUAGUUUUGACUUUUUCCCGAAAUUUUAUGAAAUAUAAAGUGACAAGGGUUAAAGUACAAACAUUAAUAAUUCCAUUCAACCAAAUACACGGAAUACACACUCCAUAUUGACAUACAAGCGAAAGUUCCGCAAUUGGAUAGACUGACCAGUUAAAAAUCCAGGAUUGUUGAUCGGUAUUAAUAGCUAGAGGAAGAUAACACAACUAUGAACAUCCCAAACGAAUAUAUUGCAAAAACAGAGGAUGUGGCGGAUCAGGUCAUUCGUCGCGGUAAAAACAUCCUGCCCACAGUAGCCCGUCUAUGUUUGAUAGCUACAUUUUUCGAAGAUGGUCUUCGUAUGUACUUCCAAUGGAAUGAACAACGCGAAUACAUGGACAUGAGUUGGGGUUGUGGAAAAUUUUUGGCUACUGUAUUUGUAUUAGUUAACUUAAUUGGACAACUGGGAGGCUGUGUUAUGGUCAUUGCUAGAUUUAAGGUUGACAUUGCUGUUGGUAUUCUGUUCUUCAUCGUAGUUCUGCAGACAAUUGCCUACUCCAUUCUUUGGGAUAUUCAAUUCUUGCUGCGCAAUUUAGCUUUAAUUGGUGCACUUCUCUUGGUUUUGGCAGAGUCGCGCGUCGAAGGUCGAAGUCUUUUCGCCGGUGUGCCCACAUUGGGUGACAAUAAACCUAAAAAUGUUAUGCAACUCGCUGGACGUAUCUUGCUUGCAUUUAUGUUUAUUACACUGAUUCGUUUUGAGCUAAGCUUUUUGCAAAUUCUUCAAGACAUUGUGGGCUCAAUCUUGAUGGUUUUGGUAACAAUUGGUUACAAAACAAAAUUGUCCGCCCUGAUUUUGGUUGCCCUCUUGACUAUCUUAAAUUUGUACCAUAACGCGUGGUGGACCAUUCCUUCAUACAAGCCUCUCAGAGAUUUUCUUAAAUAUGACUUCUUCCAGACCCUAUCAGUUAUUGGUGGUUUAUUGAUGAUUGUAUCAUUGGGUCCCGGUGGUGUAUCUAUGGACGAACACAAAAAGAAAUGGUAGACGUGAAAGAUGUUCAAUGAAAGCCUCAACCACCAUGUGCAUCAUCCAUAAAAUUCUUCUUUAUUUUGUACCAUUUAUUAUUAUACUUUUAAUUGGUUUGUGAACUUUAUAUUUAUAAAGAAGAUACGAAGAGGAAGACAAAACUUAUAAACACGACGAAAAAAUUCACUCAGUUUUUAUAUUUUUUAAAUAAUUUAAUUGUAUUCUGUUGUGUUUGUAUUUGUUUUAAAAUUUGACCUAAAACUGUUAAGCGAAAAAAUAAAAUCUACAAAUUAUUUAAUUUUUUUACAAAACAAACCAUAAAAUGGGAAUAAAAUUCAAUAAAAAAGGAUAUAAAAUUGUUAAAAUACAAAAACAACAAAUUUAUACAAAUUAUUUGUGUGGCACAAAAACCAACAAUAUUUUCUAAUCAAACCCCCUUCUACUCUAUGACAAACAAAUAUUUUAGCGAUUGUAAAUUGCUCAUUUUCAACCUAAAACACAUCCUUAUCAUUUUUUUAAAGUGCUUUUAUUACAACACUAGGUAUAUUACGUUUCCAUUUCCUUUGAAACAUCUGUCCACUUCUAUCAUUUGUACUUUUUCUGUGUGUUAUAGUUUGUUCCAUACUAUGUAUAUUCCUAGUAGUAAUUUUAAGAAAUAAUAAAAAGAAAACACAAAUCCAACUUUUUAUAAUGCCAACUGGACUUGAAAAUGA